AGAUCCGCUCGCCGGAGCUUACGGUCGCCGAGGAGCCCCGAUCCACAGCCCCGGUUCGCCGCAGCCCCACCUGACUCCCCGGUCGUGCGAGCCUCAGCUCGCUCGCAGGAGGGAUCCUGCGACUCCAACUUUUUUGCAAGUCUGGCAAGCGGACCGGCAGACCUGUGGACACCCGCACUGGGACACGGGGGCGACCGAGCGAUCCGGAAGGCCGCCGCCUACAAGCGUUUACCGCACAGGCGGUGGCCAACGUCCGUCCGACAGCUCCGCUGGGCUUCGCCCCCCCCCGGGUCGCCAGGCCCCGCCCGGAGGUGGAGCUACUCUAGGUCCCGCCCCCACAGAGCACUUCCGGCCCGGCGGAACUCGGAGCGUCCGAUCAGGUUGUCGGUGGACCCGUCCUGUGGUCGAGGCCCCAUGAGCUCGGCGCCCCUGGUGGGCUACAGCAGCAGCGGUUCCGAGGAUGAAGCGGAGGCCGUCGCCGCGGAGCGGAGCAAACCAGGUUCUGGCCUCCACCGUUGUGGCCAGAACCCUGUUCCCAGUCAAAAGCUACCAGUGCCUGACAGUGUGCUGAGCAUGUUCCCCAGCGCAGAGGAAGGGCCUGAGGAUGACAGUGCAAAGCAUGGGGGUCGAAUCCGAACCUUUCCCCAUGAGCGGGGCAACUGGGCCACCCACAUCUACAUACCGUAUGAAGCGAAGGAGGACUUCCGGGAUCUGCUUGACGUGUUGCUGCCCCGAGCACAGAUGUUCGUACCUCGACUGGUACUGAUGGAGGAGUUCCACCUCAGCCUGUCGCAGAGCGUGGUUCUCCGUCACCACUGGAUCCUCCCCUUUGUGCAGGUGCUCAAAGAUCGUGUGGCCUCUUUCCAAAGAUUCUUCUUUACUGCCAACAGGGUAAAGAUUUAUACCAAUCAAGAGAAAACCAGGACCUUCAUUGGGUUGGAGGUCAGUUUGGGGCAUGCCCAGUUCCUGGACCUGGUUUCAGAGGUGGACAGAGCCAUGCAGGAAUUUGACCUCACUACUUUCUACCAGGACCCCUCAUUCCAUGUCAGUCUGGCCUGGUGUGUGGGCGAUGCUCGUCUCCAGCUGGAGGGACAGUGCCUGCAGGAGCUACAGGAAAUCGUGGAUGAGUUUGAAGACUCUGAGAUGCUGUUACGUGUGCUGGCCAACCAGGUCCGCUGUAAGUCCGGGAACAAAUUCUUCUCCAUGCCUUUGAAGUGAGCCUUGUCCCGUGCCUCUCUCCAGGCUGACCGAGAUGGAAGAGCUUGCUGCCGUCUGUGGGCUGCCCCAGCCAGGAGUCCUAAUCCCACACUUAGUACUGUUCUAGUGGGCUGCUCACUCUCUCCUGGUCCUUUUGGGUUGUAGGUUGGUAGGCUGCUACUGUAAUGUGGUCAUUUCCAGAAAUCACCAGUAGAGGGCAGCCGGGACCUCUAAUUCUUCCUCCACUUUCUUAGGAAAGUCAAAUGAGCCUAGCUGGGGAGCCCACCCACACUCAGUCCCCACCUAGGUUUCUCCACUGCAGUAAUCUAUACUGAUCCCAUUGGCCAUCAACCAGUUUUUUAGAUCCCUGUGUUCUGACCCACCUGAAUCAGACUGGGGCUUCUGUGUCUGUCAGCCUCUCUUUAAUCUCCUUUAUUUAUCACCUCGUCCCUUCAUCCCAUCCUGUGCCAGGAGAGGUCUUUUCAGGGCCAGGGCACAGGGUGCUAAUUUGUGGUCAGCAGCAGUUUUCUUCAUUCUUUCCUCCCACUUACCCAGCCAGGUGCCUGGGGAGAACCCAGCAGAUGUUUCGUUUUGGCCUGGCUAUGGCUGCCGGCCAGGCCUCCAACACCCAGCCAGGCCUCCAACACCCGUGACCCCUGCUUUCCCCAUCAGCUUUCCCAGAGACACAAAGAGGUGCCUUCCCUCCCGCCAGAACUCCCUGCCCCUGUUGCUGAGCAUUCUUCGGGGUGGUAGUGGGAAGUGGGGAGAGAGCCAGGGAGGCAUAGGAGAAUUUAUUUUCUGUCAAGCUCCUACCAGGGCAAAGAGCCAAACCUUUCUAGUUGUCAUGGGGAUUUCUAGUGAUGGAUGAAGAAAUAUUUUUUUACAGUUUUAAAUUAUGUUCAACAAAUAAAAUCUGCCUUUUUAA